UGAGUGGCAGAAAUAAGGUUAACAAUGUUCAACAAGAAAGCCAGUUAAGCCAAAAAAAUUAUAUGAACGAUUCAAAACAAUUUAUGAGCAGCCAAAAGCUAGUCGUUCGUAAGGUUAAGGAAAGGCAAUUUUGUACUCGUAUGAGAAUCUUUACCCAAAAGAAUUAUGUGAACUGUCCAAAGCAAUUCAAGGCUCUUCAUAGCGCAGAUUUUAAAGGAAACCUUUUUCAAAACAAUUAUACACUGGUAGAAGAAAUUAAUCGUGUGAAAAAUGAUAUUGAUAAUUAUAAGUCCGUUAGCACUGCGGUCGGCCUUAAGAUUGAAGAAAAUGACUCAAGAUUAAAUUUUAAUUUAAAUCGAGGUUUAUUCAAUUAUAUUCAAUAA